AUGCCUGCGAUGCACCCCAACCACAGAGAAGUCCUCGAGGAUAUGAUCCACACACGCCACUCCAAGCUGACGCUUGGACGCAUCGAGGAGGCUCUGCAUUACGGUCUCGGUGCCGAGGUGGUUCGCCGGGACAACACGAUCAUCGUUCGAUUCCGCGCGGGUAGGUGCCGUGUGCUCGCCGCGAACGACAACGUCGAAUCUUUUCAUGCGCCUCACGACGGCAGAGGGAACGUUAGUGCCCACCACUCUCACCUAAUCGGGCGUUGGAUAGUGAAAAGCUUCAAUUUCGAAGCCAAGCGUUUCAAGCACUGGGAGUGGGACCUGAUGUGCCGUCGUCAGUGGCAGGCGCCCGCUUGA